GAACCAAACGCACCCUAAGUUAUCUCCUUGCCGCCCCACCUCAGCCUUUCACCCCUGCUUUGCCUUUCUCUCCCCCGACGCCUCUCCUCGUCCUCCACUACCCACGUUUCCCCCAACCAACCCCGCCGCCACCGCCGACGGCGACGACCUCCUCUCCCCCAACCCCACCGCCGGCGCCCCCACCUCACGCGCGGAUCCUCCUCCUCGCCGUGCCCUUGUGCCGGCCCCAAACCCUAGCUAGGGCCCCCCUUCUCCGGGUGCGGCACGGCGCGGGGAGGGCUCCCUCUUGCCCGCCGCUGAUGCAGACGGCCCGCCGGAGGUCUUGCUACUUGCUCCUCCGACCCUCCUCCUACUGCUGCUAGUGCGGGCCGACGCCAUGGAGGUCAUGUGCAGGCGGGGAAGGAAAGCAUGGCGCGCCUGGUGCGCGAGCUCGAGGGCGCCGGCCUGCUUGUCGAGCGUGUCCGCGGCGUCCCCGCCGAGUUCAUCAAGGAGCAUGAUAAGAAGGUGGGGCUGCUGACGAAGCAGGAGGUGAGGGGUGUGAACUACCUCAAGAUGGAGAAGAACAGGAUGGAGAUGGAGAGCCUCGAGUCCAAGAUGCUGGUGGCCACCCAGUCCAUCGACACCACCACCUCCGAGAUCAUCAGGCUCAGAGAAUCAGAGCUAUUCCCUCAGCUACUUGAGCUGGUUGCUGGUACUACUUGGAUAUGCAUGGUCAAGAAAUAAAUAAAUAUAAGCUUGAUGAUAUAGCUAGGCUGGACAUAUGAACCACGAGGUGAUCGACGUCUUCAACCACUCGGAGACGGACUUCGCCGUGAAGCCUGGUUGCUAUGUCGCACAGAUGAUCGUCCAGGUGAUUUCGACGCCGGAGGUCGCUGAGGUGUGGAGGACCUUGACGCCACCGUCCGGGGGAGGGAGGAUUCGAGUCCACCGACGUCUGAACUCCGAGCCUAGGUAGAUACAUCUAGAGAAGUGGUCUGUUUAGGUUGGUGGUAGACCACUAGGGAAGGUACCCAGCUUACGAUGAUGGUUGUGUGUGUCUGAUGUUAAAUCGAAUCUUGAGAUGGUUCUGUGACAUGUUAAAUGGAAUAUUGAGAUGGUUCAGUGACAUUCGUUUGUUUUGCA